AUAAUCAGUUCUUUUUGAGUACUGGAGAUAGAUAAUAAGCGAUCAGCGCCAUUUAUAAAUGCCAAAAAAUAGGAAAGAUUUCGCGUUCAGUGCUUGCUUUUCACAUGAUGAGUUGUUGGGUGCACUUUUGGUUCAAGUGGAAAAAUCGGUUUUCUUUGGUGUUGCCUUCCUGUUUGCUAUCUAAAUGGCAGAACUAGAGGCGAAGAUGUAACUUUUGCCAGAGAGCUUGGCGCUACCCAUAAAAUUGACGGAUAGUAAGCGCACGUGUUUCUGCACCAUCUUUUCAAUGCGUCCACCUUGCAUCGAUCGUCUGGACUAGGAAGAUAUUUUUUUCACCAAAUGAAUAUAAGGCUUAGACUAAAUUCAAUUUCUGUGGGAAUAUCGCCUUCAUUUUCAAGUAAGGUAGUACGCAUGAAGACAAUUCCUACAGAACCGUUCUUAUUGUGAACGUUGUUGUGAUAAUGAUCGGAAAUAUUGAAAAAUUUCCUUUGCUGUAAUGUAGUGUGAAUUCAAGUCAAUGUUGAAAAUAGAGGAAAGCUUCUCUUCUAAUCUAUGCGCAUGCGUCAAGAAGCCUAAGAGAUGAAGACUUUAAACAAAAAGAAAGUUUCCUGUAGAAAUCCAUUUUUGCUUCAUUUCGAGUUUGUAUUGCCACGAGAACAAAUGUUUAAGUAGAUUCCCACCUGCGGCGAAAUAUUCUUUACGCGGUUUAUUUAAUCCUGACUUUUCCAAAGAGUUUUCCACUUGUUAUUUUAAAACUACAUCAACAUCAAGAGUUUAGUGCUGGGCGAAAGCGGUCACGACCAGUAUUUCAUCCCCGAAUUUAACAUGGUUAGGCUGUGGUGGUGUAUUCGUCGCGAUCCAGUGCAUAAUUAAAUGAAUUAACCUUGUGAGAGUUCAUUCAUACAAGUUAAUUAAAUCUUUGGAAAUUCAAUUUUUCAGAGGAAUAAAGAAAAGAAUAAUAAGGUGAUUGUGCUUCUGUGCCGAAUUGCGAGUUGAGAGUGCUGACACCAAUCCUAAUUAGGUUGGGUUUCAGAAGUUUAAAGUGGAUACAGUGUGCACUAUAACGAAGAAAGUUUUCAAAUGAAGUGAAAAAAUAGCAUUUUUCGGCAUAGUCCUCCACAUUGUACCUAGUGCGGGGAUUUUCUGCGGUGAAAGUCUUCAGAGCUUUCGUGAGUCAUUCGAUAGGACUGUCAAUUACUCUGUUCAAAUCUGACGGCGAAAUACACAUUCACGGAAAGUAUACAUAGUUUCCUUCUGUUCUACGAAUGUAGAAUCCCAACUUUUUAGUCUUCUAGAAGUGCUCGCGGAACUUUGUAAUGAUGUGCUCGCUUGAACAAUUAUUGGAAUAUAUUCAUGACGUUGAAGCUGUACGAUAAAGUUAACAUGGACGAAUUAUCAGAAAACUUCAAGAACAGGAAACAUAGGUUCAAAGCUUAUAUUUGGCUAACGUAGCAUGACUUAAUUUGUGGACAUUAUUGGACAGUUAAAUUUAAGAUGAUCUUUACCGGGGCCCAUGGCCGUAGAAAGGCUGAGCAUGAUCAUCUCCGUAAUCAGGAGAAGCUACGGCAAUUUCGCAAUGCAAACCGCGAGUCACGGUACAAACACUUAGCCAACCGCCACGACUGGAAUGAUUCAAAUUACGACGGAUAUUACAAUCGUGAAAAUUCACCAUUAUUAAAAUCCCCCAACAGGCGAGGAUCCCGGGAAGAUACUGGGCAACAGCUCCACCAAAAAACACGUGCCCGAAGUAUUACCAGGCGCCGUGGUGCUGUUAAGCAGCCAAGAUACAUUUUUUACAAAUAAUAGAACACACGUAAUAAAUGGCCACAAAUUUGUCGCAAAAUUCUUCCGGCAACCCACAUUUUGCGCAUUUUGCAAGGACUUCCUAUGGGGAUUUGGCAAGCAAGGAUAUCAAUGCA